AUGAAGCUGCCUUUAGCCUCUCCCCACAGAAGGGGCGUACCCUGGCAGGGCGUCCUAGUCACAGUCUCACUUUUACUCUCCUGGAGUCCGCCCAUCUCAGCCCAAGCCGCUAUUGAGUCAGUGCCCCUCAACGUGGCUGAAGGGAGCAAUGUUCUUCUACUUGUCCACAAUGUGCCACCGGAUUGUAUUGGUUACAAUUGGUACAAAGGGGGUGAUGCUAAAAAUCCCAGCCUUCGUAUUUUAACAUAUAGCAUACAAGGGCAAACAACCAGCACAGGCCCUGCCUACAGCGGCCGAGAGACUGUCUACAACAACGGAUCCUUGGUGAUUCAGAAGGUCACCCAAAAUGACAUGGGAAUCUACACCCUACAAAUAAUAAAGCAAGGUUUUCAGGUUGAAACAACAACUGGACAGUUCCACGUAUACCGAUUCUUGACAAAGCCCUCCAUCCAAGCCAGCAACACCACCGUCACAGAACACAAGGGUCCUGUGGUCCUGGCCUGCCUCACCAACCACACUACAGUGUCCAUUCAGUGGAUCUUCAAUGGGCAGAGUCUGCAGCUCGUGGAGAGGACAACACUGUCCCAAGACAACAGAUCCCUCACCAUAGACCCCGUCAAGAGGGAGGAUGCUGGGGAGUAUCAGUGUGAGGUCUCUGACCAGGUCACUUCCACCAAAAGUGACCCCCUCAUGCUGACUGUGAAGUAUGUUGAAUCCCUAUGGUGGAAGUGA